AUGUCUUUGUUAUCCGUUUCUAAGAACAGAGCUGACGAACCACAAGGUUCAAGUGGUGUUUUAGCUCGUUAUCAGGAACGGUUAGCUUCAAAAUAUUCUCAGAUAGUUAAAAAAUUGCAAGAUAAGGCGAAUUCGCAAUCAUCAGAAUGUCGAAUGCAAAUGGCAAAUAAAAUGAUGCUUUACCGUCAAGCAGAAUCCGAAAUAUUGACGAAUCAAAAAGCAAUUUGCGACUCUCUCGGUACAACUCAAGAACAUUAUGACGUUUUAAAGGAAAAACUACAAAAAUUAUCUGAUGAACUACUAGAAAAAUCGAGAAAUCUUAAAACAGACUGCAUGGAGCUUUAUGACAACACAUUUAAAUCAUUACAUCCAUUAGUUGAAGAAUGUUUUAACGAAUCUCAAGAUAUUAUACCACAAAUGCCUGUUGCUUAUGCAGAUAAAUUACCUCGUUGUGUCUCAACACUUAACGUAAAUUACCUUAGGAACAAGCAAGAACUGAUUAAAACAUUUUUCACAAUAGAAUUAGGAGUUAUGAGGCAAAACGCAUCAUUAAUGGAUGAGUUUCAGCAUAGAACUGACGAAUGGAAAGCAAAUAGAUUCAAUAGUCUCGUUGCUGACGCUAAAAACAAAUUUAAUCCGAAUAAUACCAUCGAUCUUAUGCCAUUUUACGAAAACUUCCAUCAAGAACAAGGACGAUUUACACUUUGCUGCAAGAAAUUACUGCAAAAUAUAUCUCUUGUCGCUCCUCCAGCACAAUUUUCGAUGGAUGAUCUGAAUAAGUGGUGGGCAGAGGUAGAAGACAUAUUAUCAUUGCAUGCAGAGUUCAUUAAACAGUUUACAGCUAAAUUACAAGCGAAAGUUGACGAAGUUAACAACGAAAAUGCGGAAUACUUACAGAAACUCGAACAAGAGCUCGUUACUCUUAAAGAGGAGACAGAAUCAAGUGCAGCCAUUGCUGAAAUUACCCCGUUAUUACGCGCAAGUCAAAAAUAUAAUGCAACAGUUGUUGAAAAAUUAACAAAAUACUGGGAAAACCGCAAAGUCGCUCUUAGAAAAUCAUUUGAAUCGAUCAAAGAGUUUGUAACUCCACUUAUUAACGAUUAUGCAGAAUAUACAACUAAAUUAAACACAUUUAAGCAGAAUUACGAGACAGAACAGAAGACAGUCGAUGAACAAAGUACUCAGCUACUUGAUGGUUACGAACAAACCCUUACACAAAAGACAAAUGAAAUCACUACUCUUGUUGAUGCUCAAAAGAUCAAACAAUGUGUUGAUGACUGCAAGCAAACAUUAUCCAAGAUCGAAGCCGAAUACAGGGAGCACUACAAGAAGGUUUUAGCCAUAAUUGAAAAACAACCAGGCGAAUUAGUUUCAAUUUACGAAUCAUCAGAGACCAAUAUGCUCACAAAACUCAAGAUGAAGAAGACUGCAAACAGUACAGAGUUCGAUGAAGCAACAGCUCUCAAUACAUCAGCAUCAACUCGUCAAAAGUCCAAUUCCAGGGCUCCUAGACGUACUCCAAAGGCCAAGGAGUCGAAGACAACAGCUCUCAAUGUAUUCUCAUUCAGUCUCGAGAACGGCGCCAAAUUUGAAGAAAUUGAAUCGAUCGCAGUCAUUCCCCCGAUCGACGAAUACACCGACGAACCUGAGGUAUCAGCUCACGGCAAAGGAAAAGGCAAGGCACCACCGAAAAAGCCGGCCAAACCACCGCCAAGACCGAAGAAACCCGGCCAAAAAGGAAAAGGCGACGAAUUCGAAGAAGUCGAAGCCCCAGAAUUCUCUGUUACAGAGACCCUUCCUAAAGUCGACGGAAACAUCAUAGUUUACGUAUAUACUCCGUUCAAUACAGAUAUUAUUGAUUGGAUUAACCAGUUCAGACGAAUAAUUAUCACUGAUAUUAAUAGUAUUUAUUCCAAUCAGAUGAGGAGUGUGAGCGAUACCCAAGUUAAACAAGAUUUAGUCGAUCAAUUAAAUGAGAGAUUAAGAACUCACGCUCCACGAGCCAAUGCAAUUGAACUAAACAUUGCACAGGCAAGAACCCUUCAAAUAGAAUCAAGGAAAGUCCAAUUAGAGAAGCAUUUCAGACAUGCUGUUGCUCAAUUCAACCAAUCCAACACAAACAUCGAAGGAUUGAUUGCCAGAAAGAAGACAGCGCUAGAAAAGGAAUGCGAGAAACUUGAUACAUAUGUAAAUGACUUAAACAACGAGAAAAGUUCCACGAAUUUCUCAGUUUUGGGUCAAAAUUUACAUAUCAGCGAACGCCAGUUCAAUGCAAGUUUAGAAGCAACUAGACAAGACUUGAUGAAAGAGAUUGACAAUCUCCAGAAGUUCACGAAUGAUUCUAACGAGAGAUUCAUCAAAAACAUCGUUGGUGAUGAAGGAUGUCCACAAGAAGAAACAGACAUGGCAAAUGAAUAUUUCGGAAGAAUGAAAGAACAAGUUGACAUCGUUAUAGGUAAGAUGAGAGAAAACGCAAAUGGACAACUCGACCAGAUCAACCAGAGAUGCCAGGAGAUCCUCCAGAACUUCGAUUCUUUGAUGCCAAUACAUCAAGCUGAUGUAAGUUUCAUCGAACAAUUAAAUUCAAUGGAAAUGGAAGCGAAAUCGAAAUUCGAAACUUUGUUGGCGAGAAACAAAUCAAGGGAGUCCGAAAUCGACUUCGCAAUACAAAAAGCAACAGAAGCACAGGCUUAUGUAUCAGGAGAACCUCAACAAGUCAUGUUGAAGCAGUUCGAAUCUUUGGAUAACAUAAGAGUUUUGAUGGCAAAAAGAGGAAAUUAUUUGUCACUUUUGACAUCAAAUGUUUCAACGGAACCCAUUGGUUAUACAAUAGAUUUAGGUGAUGAAGGUGGAGAUAAAGUUGCUCCAAUGGAAUCACCAACUGCAAAAGGCUCAGAUUCCAAAGGAAAACGUCCGAAAUCGAAGAAAUCAGAAAGAGAUUCCAAACCAAAAGAAGCUCCAAAGAAACAAGAUGUCAAAGCGAAAGCAACAGACAAAGUUGAUAAAACUGAAGAUAAAACAGAAAGUACUUUAUCUUUCUCUCAACACUUACAAAACAUCGGUCAAGAUUUCACUGCUGCCGUUAAUAAAUCUUCAACUGAUUACUAUAACACAUUGAAGGGAAGAAAGAUCGGAAUCACAAGGACAGAACAGAUUCCUCCAGCACAACAAGAACUCGUUGACAAUAUGCAGCAAAGAUGGACAAAGCUCAUUGAAUCAAGCCAAUCUGUUACAGAACAAAGCGUUUUGAGAUUCAGAUCACAAGUAAUUAAUGCAUCAACUGUUGCGAGAUCAGCUGCAAAAGUUAUAUUCGAUUGCUUCGAGAAAUAUUACGACCAAAUGGUUGUUACAGCCAGAUCUGAUGUACAACAGAAAUUCGAGGUCGACAUGAAGCAAUUACAAGCUGAAAGAACAAAGAACAAACAGAAUUUGACGCCUGCUUUAGCUGAUCCAAAUAACAGUGAACAAUUCGCGCAAUUGAUUAACCAAGAACAAGAUAGAACUGCCAAGGAAUCUAAAACAAUCAUGGAGUUCCAAGGCGGUGUUUUAUCUGCGGAAAAACAUGUUGCGCAGUUGUUUAUGACACAUAUUCCUGUUGUCAGCCAAAUGUGUCUCCAAUUGUUCGAUGGAUUCAUUUUAACAGACGAUUUGAAACAAGGAGCAGCUCCUGGCGCUAAGAGAAAGACAAUGAAGGAAUUACUCAAAGAAAAGAUGAGACAAGAAGGAAAUGGACCAGUUGAUCAGACAAGAAACGUAAAGAUAAGACAAUGGCCAGCAUUGCCUGCACAAAUGUCUCCUUUGAAUCCACAAACACCAACAGAAGGAACAGGAACAGCUGAGAAAUCAGAGAGAUCUGGUUCAAGAAAGAAGAAGAGACCAGCAAAGACAGAAAAGACUGUAGCUGCCGAACCAUCCAAUGAUAAAGAAUCUGGUGUUGUUUUGUCUUCUCUUGAUACUGUUUUACAUCAUGGCGCAAUUGUCGAAAGAAACAGAUGUUUCGAUGAAUACGAAGAGAAACUAAAGAAGAGAAUUGAUGAGUUCCAGGAAUACACGAAAUCCCUUAUUAAUGAUAUGAAUGCAUUCACUGCUCAUUGGAAGCUUUGCGUGCAAAAGAUCAAACCAAAUAACUCAUUCUUUGAAACACAAAAUGUUUAA